GGUAGCAAUACUAUCUGUUACUUUAUGUUAAGGGGCCGGAAGCAGAGUGAAUCGUUGUUAAUGAUUGAGUGAUAAAUCUUAAUCUGACCAAUAGUUGUGUUGUGACUUGCCAAGAACAGACUUGAACCUCGUAAAUCUUUUCCCUUUAGAUAACUUACGCUGUUGAAAGGAAAGCAAUCCAGUAGUCUUUCCAAUGGCUAAAGUCGGCUUAGCGUUCUCAGGAGGGGGAAUAAGGUCAGCGGCCUUCUGCUCUGGUGUCCUUCGCAGACUGCUUCAGCGGAACGCUAACCUGGAUUAUCUGAGCGCCGUGUCAGGGGGCGGUUACACAGGCUCCGCUUACAUGGACUGGAAAUUUCGCCAUGACAAGCAAGACAACAAGGAUUGGCAUCUGAAAUUUUUUGAUCACCUCCGCCAAAGAAGUGGCAUCUUUUGCGACUGGCAAAGGCCUCUUCAUGGAAUCUUUGAUUGCAUAAUCUUGUUCUGUCUACCGGUGUUUGUAGCUCUAGUGGUUCCUCUUAUUCUGUGGUUUGCCUAUGCCUUUCCGCUUGCUUACGUUGUUGACUUCCUUGCAGGUGAUAUUAUACGCGGUGGAAUUAUAACAAAGCGCGACAGCUCUACCAUGUUGGUUAACGAAACUGUCCAGGAAUGCCUGCAACGGCGGAAACGAAAGGCCAUUGAGAGAUUUUGCUUGUUUGGGGCUCCUCUAGUCCUGGCAUUUCUCUCAUACUUCCUUUUGUUGUUGUUCCCUGGAAUAAAAACUGCUAUUUCCUUCAUGAUCACCACAUGCGGAGCUAUCUUUGGCUUGGUGUUUCUUCCUUGCUUUUUCCACGACGUUUUGGAGUUUAUACCCACGUGGAUGAAAUUCUUGGUCAUUCUUCCAUCCGUCCUGCUGUGGUGGCGUCUUCAAAAGGCAUUGUACACACCUUCGAGUGUCAGCCGCUGCGGUUGUGCUGGGAUUUCGUUUCGAGACUUUUUUCUCAGCUGCCCAACGUGCAAGCGAGUCAACCCGAUGAACCUUGACCCUGACCGACCGCUGACUUUAGAAGACCUUGAAAACGUCAAACCGAUCUACAUUAGCAAUGCAGUCGUCAAUCGAUGGAGACGCACUACCUCCCCGACAGAACCAGAUUACGAAGCUCUGAUAAUGUCUCCGCAAGGAAUUGAAAGACUGGAUAGGUCUCCUCAGGAGCGCGAAUUUGAAGGCAAAUUGAUGCCGGAGGAUGUUUAUUUGUCCGAUGCCAUGGCAACAUCUGCUGCUGCCGUCGACCAUCACAUGGGUGCCCUUGAAGGGGGCCAGCGGGAAACGUUCAAAGAUUUAAAGGUGACGCUUGGAAUAGCGAUGGGUACGUCAAUCCUGGGGAUCCCAGGCAAGAAAGAACACUCAAUAUGUGUCUUCAGGUACCUUGCAGUGCACAUACCAUACAUAAGCUAUGUUCGUAAAACACUAAACCAGGGGCCCAAUCCUCCUCCUGUUUUGCGUCUAAGCGAUGGUGGCCACGUUGAAAAUCUUAGUAUCUUACCCCUUUUAAAACUGAGGCUGAAAAAGAUCAUCUCUGUCCACGGUGGGAGGGUGGCCUCUGAUCAAGAAUUUUGCAGCACCUUGUUAAAUGCGCUGGAAAUGGCAAGAAAGAAGUUGAGAUGUUCAUUCACUGCGUUGAAUGGUCGUGAUAUUAGCGAAGACAUUCGAGUGAAUCUUUUGGAGCGAAGUCCUGGCAAUCAACCUAGGAGUUACAGAGAGAAGAAUUACUAUCAACUUACGUUACCUUCAAGGUUCAAAGUCGACUAUUUCGACAAAGACCCAGAUGGAGAUAAAGAUCACAAGGUUGGAGAGGCUGAGGUGCUUUUCAUUGCUCCAAGACACCCAAAUAAGGGAAUCAAGAUGGUAGAACCAAUGACGUGGAGAAAUGCUCUCAGUGACAUUGAUGAAGAUCUUGACGAGCACAACUGGGGGUCUGGGCCGGAGCUUCAUGCGAAAGAGGUCGACCGACUGACAUUCUGUUGCUGUGAGUGUUGCCAUGGGGACGCUUGCCAGGGACUAUCCGAGGGAAUGUGUGGAGCUUUUCCCCAACAUUCCACCUCUAAUCAAUUUUUCACGCCAGCGAUGUUUACUGCUUACCACAGGGAGGGGUAUCGCGCAUGCUUUGAAGCAAAAGCCGUAGAGUUUCUGAACGAGCAACCAACUACAGCAACCAGUGCCGAUCAGAUUCGCUUGGAGGAGAUUGUCGACGAAACAAAUACAAAGUUUUAAACAAAUGUCAUUCAGUGAAAUAGAAUUAUCAACUACGCUACGGAUGUAAUGGCAGCCAGCUCUCUUAACGUUAUAUCUUUACUGAGUACAAUUUAGAGCAACAUGGUCCUACCUUUUUAUCAGUUUACCCUGUCUAAAUUUGUAAAUUGCUCUUUAAAUAAUUUCUAUUCGUUUUAUCUUUUCUGAACAUUUGACAUUGUCGGAUAUCUUCUAAGUGUUUCCGAGCUAUAACCUGUAAAGUUAAAGAAAUUAUUGUAUUUUUGGGAUGCAUAUUGAAAUUGGGCAAUACAUGGACACUGUAAUUGCUCUCAUAUACAAAAAAAUUGUCUUUCUUUAGAUUUCCUUGACCGUAGACAUGUAUUAUCGCAAAUAUGUAUAUGCUUAUGUCAGAGUUACUCAUUGGUAACUUCCUGGCAACUCAGAUUUCAGGAGUUGUGGCAUAAUCUUUUACGACUUCGCUUGGACAAUGAGUGAACACCGGCGGCUCUUGGUCUAAAACGACAAUUUUGGCGCUGUCAAAGACGUAAUAUAUCAAACACGAAAGACCGUGGUUGACCACAUUUCCAAACACC